GAUCAAACCAAUGAAAGCCCAAAAAACCUAAAGAAAGAAAGAAGUUAAAAGGAACGGCGGAGAUGAUAUGACGAACAAAUCUGAACCGUAUAAAUUCCUAGGGUUUACAUAUCCCUUCAGAACCCUUGUCAUUUCCCCCCUCCCCCUCCUUUUCUCGUCUUCCAAGUAGGAGUAACAAACGUUUCCUCUGCAUUCUCCAUUUCUUCAGCCGCAGAUCAGUGGAGAUGGGUGAGGAGUCUAAAGUUAUUGUCCCAGAGUCUUUUUUGAAGAAACAAAAAAGGGAGGAAGAGUGGGCUUUGGCCACAAAAGAGCUGCUCAAUUCCGAGAAGAAGAAGCGUGCUGAAAACAGGAAGCUGAUCUUCAAAAGAGCAGCUCAAUAUGCCAAGGAAUACUCUGACCAGGAGAAAGAGUUGAUCCAGUUGAGAAGAGAAGCUAAGUUGAAGGGUGGUUUCUAUGUUGAACCAGAGGCAAAGCUUCUUUUCAUCAUCCGUAUUAGAGGUAUCAAUGCCAUGCACCCCAAAACCAGGAGUAUUCUUCAGCUUCUCCGUUUGAGACAGAUUUUUAACGGGGUAUUUUUGAAGGUCAACAAGGCAACAUUGAACAUGUUGCACCGAGUGGAACCCUAUGUUACCUACGGGUACCCUAAUAUAAAAAGUGUUAAGGAGCUUGUAUACAAGAGAGGUUUUGGGAAAGUUAAUAAGCAGAGAAUUGCUUUGACGGAUAACUCCAUUAUUGAGAAGACUCUUGGAAAGCAUGGUAUUAUCUGCAUGGAAGAUCUAAUCCAUGAGAUCAUCACAGUAGGACCUCACUUCAAGGAGGCCAACAAUUUCUUAUGGCCAUUCCAGCUCAAGGCUCCCUUGGGUGGUUUGACCAAGAAGAGGAACCACUUUGUUGAAGGUGGAGAUGCAGGAAACCGUGAGAAUUUCAUCAACGAGCUUAUCAGGAGAAUGAACUAGGUUCUAGUUUCAUCCUUUUUUUGGCUGUGGUAUUUAGUUGAAACAUAUCUUGAAAGUUCCUGUGCUGAGUCAAAAUUUUAUGUUUGCGGUAAGGAAGUUUUGGAUGGACACCUAUGAAAUAGAGAUUUUAUAUAAUGGUAGUUUUUUCGACAGAGCAUGUAUUUCUGUCAAGAAUGCAAUUUUACGUUACAAUUGCCAGCGAUUGAACUUAUACGGUUAACUGUGCUUAACAAGUAUUUUUCUUUCUGAUUUUGGUUUUA